AUUGGAAACAAUGUCCUUAAAAAGAGAAUCCAUUUUUUGUGGUGUCAAGUUUCUUUUAUUACAUUCCAUAUGUUCUAAAGUAAAAAUUAAAACUCACCAUGCAUAUUUUCAUUCAAUUUGAUAGAGCUAGUGAAAAAGCUGUACAACGAAGGCCACCCCUCUAUUUCAAGUAGCUUUACGAGUAUAUAAUGAUCUGUCAUGCAUCAUAUAAUCCCAUACUUAAGCUCCACCCUACGCUUCACUUCAGUAUAAUUACACUAUUGCCAGUACGUAGCAUUUAGCUUUCAUUGCAGUACAUAAAAUGGCUAUAUUCAUCUUCCUUCUUGCUGCUGCAGCUAUUUACACCAGUGCUUUAUCAUCAUCAUCAUCAUCAUCAUCAAGUGGUGUUUUUGAAAUCCACGACCGCUUCUCAAGCGACAUUGUUGAUGCCUUGGGAAACCAUGGCUUGCCUAAGAAAGGAGGCUUGGACUACUUUUCCUACAUGGCAGCCCUUGAUUCCAAGAGACUGCAAUCUUCUCCGGCAUUGACUCUCUCAUCUGGAGAUGCCAGUUUUCAGAUAUCAAGUAUCCACUACGCAAGAGUUUAUGUUGGAACGCCACCCUUGCCAUUCAUCGUUGCACUUGACACAGGGAGUUCCUUGUUUUGGCUCCCAUGCAAUUGCAGUGUCUGUUUACGCAACAUCACUUUGGAUUCUCCACAGCCCGACCUACCACAGAUAACGAAUCUCAAUAUUUACCAUUCGGAUAAAUCGUCCACGUAUAAAAUUAUUGGUUGCCCAACUUCAAAUAAUGGGUGCCCGUAUGAGGUCCUAUACUUGGAUGGAUCAUCCGCUACAGGAGUACUCAUAUCAGACAUAUUACACCUAACCACUUAUGACAAGCAACACCAACACAUCCAGGCUGCUGUGACAUUCGGGUGUGCAUCCAACGUAACAGGCCUCUUUCUGGGAGUUUCAGCUUUUAAUGGAUUGUUAGGGCUUGGGCCGGGUACUGGGCCUGAUGACAUGGAUGCCCUCAGCAUUCUUGCUGCUCAAGGGAUUGUUGGCAAUUCCUUCUCCCUCUGUUUCCAACCCAGGGGAAAGGGGAGAUUAAUAUUUGGAGACAAAGGCACUCCCAAUCAGAGAGAAACACCAUUUGAUCUAAAUACCCAAAAUGAAGGGUACAAUAUUAUGAUUGAGGAGAUUGUUGUGAAUAAAAAUAUCACAAAAACUGUUGAUCUAACUGUGCUUUUUGAUUCGGGUACAUCAUUCACAGUUUUAAGUGAUCCCGCCUACACAUUUAUUACAGAAAAUUUCAACUCCUUAAUAAAGGAACCACGCAGCCAACAAACAUUUCUGCGUUAUUUUGAAUACUGCUAUGACUUGAGUCCAAACAAAACUUCUCAUUGGACUCCCCGGCUGAGCUUAAUAAUGAAAGGAGGACACAAAUUUGAUGUCCUUUUUCCAACAUUUAAGUCAUAUCAGGUA